AUAGUUCUCACUCUAUAUCGCGCCAUGUCCUCUCCAUUUCAUUCCUUUCCACCUCGUUAAAACCUCAUAUUAAGGGUAGAGAGAGAGAGAGAGAGAGAGAGAGAGAGAGGGGUAUACUUGCAUACGAUAGAUACAGAUUGAAACUGGAGAGAGAGAAGAAGAAGGGUGAAGGGACGAUCGUUAAUGGCGACUGGAUGGAUGAAGUCAUUGAAUUGCAAGUCAAAAGCAUCGGACGACGUCAUUGAGAAUCACCCCCUCCGCCGUAACAACCACCAUAACAGUUCCAAAAUUCACCACUACCACCGGUUAACGACCUCUGCCAACUGCACAAAUUCCACCACCAAAGAUACAGUCACGAAAUCCAAAAAACCCGUUUCAAGAAAACCCGAACCCAGUGCACACCAUCCCACCAAUAGAACACGCACCACGGUUUCCACCCGGCCGUCGCAUGUUACAGAUACUUUUUUCCCUGCCCUCACUGAGCUUUCGGUGGGGUACCCUUCACGUAAUGUGGUGGAGAUUAUCUUUCAUACGAGCUGGGGGCCGAAAAAUUACUCUGGUGAGAUUGAAACGAUUUUUAAAGUGCAGAAUUUGGCCCGGACUGUGACCCGGUUUGAGGAGUAUAGAGAGAUGGUGAAAUCCAAGGCGAGUUCAGGAAGUGGUGCUGCCUUCGGUGAUGACCACGCUCGUUGCGUUGCUGAUGGAAAUGAAGUGAUGAGAUUCUACUGCCUGGGACCCACCAACGGCGGCGCGUAUGAUUCGGGUGGUGGCGCUUGGUCAUUUCACGGCCGGAAAGGCGCGGCGAUUUGUACAUAUUCUGGGAGUGGUGAGGCUCACGAAAGUGCCGGUGGUGGCAGGGGAAGGCGGGCCAUGUUAGUAUGCCGAGUUAUAGCUGGUCGGAUUGGCAAGCAACUCGGGUUUGACUCGUUGCUGGAAGGUCGAGAUCGGUACGACUCGGUGAGUAAGGAGAAUGGCGAGUUACUGGUGUUUGAUACACGUGCCUUAUUGCCUUGUUUUCUCAUUAUCUACAAAUUGUAAAAAUACAUUUGAGUUAUGAUUUGCAUUUUCUCCUUUUUCUUGA